UUUAGUUUUAAAUAUUUUUAAUUAUCGCAAAAGUUUGAUAUUAUCUUUAUUAUAGAUUGUAAUGAUCCGCAUCGGGUAUAUUUGGUAUCAUUUUUUUAUAAGUUAUUUUUUUUAAGUUAUCAUUCAUAUUAUUAUUCAUAUUCAUCGUAUAAUAUGUAUUAAAUAAUGAUAGCAUGUAAACAUGCUUGUUAUCAUUUGUAUGUAUAUUAAACAACUUUUGUAUCAUUUUCAGAGUGCGAUGUCCGAAAAGACAAAGUUCCGGGUUAUCGCCAACAAGCGUGAAGGCUUCAAGAACCGUGACUGUACCUUUAUGUCUGGUGACGAGGAAGUUCUUCUUGUAACAAAACAGUUUUGUCCCGAAUCUCGUCACGGGAGGAGAGUCUUGAAUUGAUACUGUUGUGCAACUUGGUGAUUUUCUUCAUUUCUGUGUAACUGUAUCAAAUAUCAAAAGCGAAAUGACAUUUAAGUCUCUAAUGAAUUUUGGAAAUUUGGGAAAAGCUCCUUGGGAUACACCUAUUGAACGUUAUCAUAAUGAUGGAGGUGGUCAUCAUUAUCAUGGACAUCGCGGAAACUCCAAAGGAAAAGGAGGAAGUGGCGCAGCAUUGAGUGCAUUGACCUUACUUGCCUUCCUGUUUCUGUUAAACGUUAUGCAACAAUCCUUACAGGAUAAUAAUUCAACAAGCGUUCCAUCGACCACUGCAGUACUGUUGCGAGAUACUGAGUUGCCAAUAGUUUUGGAUAAUGGAGAAGAAAAAAACGUUAAAAUGAAAGAUGAUUUCGUGCAAAUUGAAAAUAUGCAUAAUUCGAGAACAAAGGGUUACAUCCAACGCGAGGUUUAACAGCCCUUUAAUAGGCUUGUAUUUUCUGAAAUCUUUUCAUUUAAAUAUAGCAUUUUCUAGCUGAAAAUAUUUAUUUCUUGUAUUUUAUUUCAUUAAUAAUAAUUUUCCAACCUUAUUAAUAUUAAAUCAAUAUUUUUUUCGUAAAUAAUAUUAAAUGUGUACAUUAAAUCGGUGUUUUUUCCCACAAAAUUCGACCUUAUAUUUUUUCUUACAAAAUUCGAACUUUUAUUUAUGCGUAAAUUAAUAUAAUGUUAAUUGUCAAAAUAAUCUCUAUUACAAUCUAUAACUUUCGUUCACUUUUUUUUGGACAACUGGAUUCCAUCUUGUAAAAUAAUUCAUAUUAAUCCAUAUUGUAAAAUAAAUCCU